AUGGCGGCUCGGGGAUCUCUGUUCCGCCAGUGCCCGCUGCUGCUGCCUCAGAACGGCGAGGGGACGGCCUACGAGGGCUUCGUCAGCGCGCAGGGUAGAGACUUCCACAUCCGGAUACUUUUACCAACAGAUUCUCAACUGAAAAAUGCAAGGAUAGAGUGUGGCUGGCAGCUGAAGAAGAUCCUUCAUGGAUAUCGGCAUAUUUUGAAACAGAGGUUGCACGGUUGUCCAGAUCUUGUCAGUUUUGUGGUGGAGCUGAAAACUGUCUUGGAAAUUGCUUUGAAGAAUACACAAGAGCUGCAUGUACCAAGGCCACCAGAAUACUACUCCUGUCUUGUCAGAGAUCUAGAAAUAUUGGGUUGGAAUAAAGUCGCGUAUGUGGACGCUGGGCUCACCACAAUCAAGCUGAAGGCUGAGGACUCUCGUGGUCGACAGCAUCUGGUCACUCUGAAGUUAAAUGCAAAGUAUCCUACUGAGCCACCAGACUGCAUUGUGGAUUUUCCUGUUCAGUUUGCCAUUUCCUGGAUGCCACAGGACUCCUUAGUAACCAUCCACAAUCAGUUCCUGGCAGCACUGGAAUCGCUGAAAGAGUUCUGGGACACCAUGGAUGAAAUUGAUGGGAAGACGUGGGUACUGGAGCCAGAAAAUCCAGCCAGGGGUGCUACAGCAAGGAGGAUCGCCAUAGGGAGCAAUGUGUCUGUGAACGUAGAAGUGGAUCCCAGGCAUCCAAAGAUGCUCCCCGAGUGUUACUUCCUUGGAGCAGAUCAUGUGGUUAACCCUUUGAGAACUAAGCUGAACAACAACAUGCACUUGUGGGAUCCAGAAAUUAGUUUACUACAAAACUUGAAAGACCUCUUAGAAAUUGAUUUUCCAUCUCGUGCCGUGUUAGAAAAAAGUGAUUUCACCAAGGACUGUGGAAUCUGCUAUGCCUACCGCCUCAACGGCGCCGUGCCAGAUCAAGUGUGCGAUGAGCCCCGAUGCGGACAGCCUUUUCAUCAGGCUUGCCUGUAUGAGUGGCUACAAGGUCUUCCUUCCAGCAGACAGAGCUUUAAUGUCAUCUUUGGUGAAUGCCCAUAUUGUAACAAGCCCCUGGCAUUGAAAUCUUCCGUGAAGAAACCUUGAGAAAAGCACCACGAGGGGAACGUCGGCGCACUUGCACUGAAGGCAAUGAAACAGUGGCAUCAAAGAAAAUACAAGGAAAGUAAUAUCAGAAACAAAAGUACAAGUAUAGCUAUACUGUAGUGGUAUCUUUCUUCAGUAAAUGCGAGCCUAAAUAUUGUGGGUACGGAAAGACCAGGUUCUUGCAAAGACAGUGGAUGAGCUGUAGUUAAGAGCUGCUCUAGUUUCCUUUUGGACUCAAAGAAUGAUGCCUGGGGGUUGAGUGGUGGUAAUUCUCUUCCUGUGUCUUUCUGCAGGGGACAAAAAACAACCUUAGUAUUUACAUGAGUGAGAUUCAAAGCACUGAAAAUAAAAAUCAAGCCAACAAGCAGAGAAAGAUAACAUCCGGGUAUUUAAGCUAUCCAAGAGAAAGCAACGCAAUUCUGACCAAAUCUUAACUCUUGAAUUUGCAGCUGUGUAUUAAGUGCAUAAGUACAGGUUUGAUUAAACACCCUUGAAAGAUAUUGUCUAUUCCUGAGCAGCUGCAAUUCUUGUCUAUCUUUAACUCUCUUUGCCAAAUGGUAAAAUAUUUAAGUCUUUACAGUAUUCUUGUGAAUAAAGCCUGGAAACCUAGGAAAUAAUC